AUGGAGGACGAAACUCAUUCAACACCCCCUUUUCACAGUUUCCUCUAUCUUCAUCCUGGCGAGAAUCCUGCCACUGCGCUUGUAUCACCUGUUCUUGAUUCAGGCAAUUAUCAUUCAUGGAGUAGAUCCAUGCUUACUGCUCUUAGUGCCAAAAACAAGAUGGAAUUCGUGGACGGGAAUGCUCCACAACCGCCUAAGUCUGAUGUUACUUAUUCUGCAUGGCGUCAAUGUAAUAAUAUGGUUGUCUCUUGGCUUGUACAUUCAGUUUCUCCUUCUAUUCGUCAGAGUAUACUUUGGAUGGACAAAGCUGAUGAGAUUUGGAAUGAUCUUAAAUCAAGGUACUCUCAAGGUGACCUCCUUCGUAUUUCAGAUUUGCAGUAUGAAGCUUCUUCCCUUCAGCAGGGAGACCUUUCUGUCACUGAGUUCUUCACAAAACUUAGGAUUAUUUGGGACGAAUUGGAAAAUUUUAGGCCAGAUCCUACAUGUUCAUGUACCCACAAAUGUUCUUGCAAUGUUUUACCCACCAUUGCUCAAAGGAAGCGAGAAGAUCAAGCUAUGCAGUUCUUACGUGGAUUAAAUGAACAAUAUAGCAAUGUUAGAUCUCAUGUUCUCCUCAUGGACCCCAUUCCUCCAAUUUCUAAGAUUUUCUCCUAUGUUGCUCAACAGGAACGCCAGCUUUUGGGGUCUAAUUUUGUUGCCAAUACGGUUACAAAAACUGCUGCAAUCAAUGCAACUGCUUCAUCUUUCACAUGUACCCACUGUGGUAAAUCAGGACACACGGAGAAUCUAUGCUAUCGUAAACAUGGUUUUCCUUCUAACCAUGACGAUAAAAGCAAUCGUGGUGCCUCUAAUCGGUCUGGUAAAAUUUGUAUUCAUUGUGGGAGAAAUGGACACACUAUAGAUGUUUGCUACCGUAAACACGGGUUUCCUCCAGGUUACAAAUCCCCGACUGGCAAGACUUCCAUUGUAAACAACACGGUGACUGAUGAAUGUAAGGCCAGUGAUCAACAGCAAGCUAUUCCAAACCAGGAUUAUCGCUUCACUCCUCAGCAGUAUCAAAUCUUGAUGGGUUUAAUACAACAGUCAACCAAUAGCAGCUCAGCUUCUCCUUCUUCACAUAUAAAUCAUGUUGGUUCUGUUUCUUCAUGUUCCACACAGCCCUCACCAUCCCCAGGUAAUUGUUUUUCCACCUCUGUCAGCACAUACAAUCUCACCUCUUGGGUCAUUGACUCUGGAGCCACUGAUCAUAUAUCUUCUUCCCUUUCAAAUUUCUUUUCGUAUCGUUCCAUUAAUCCUAUUGUCGUCAAGCUACCCACAGGUCAACAAGUACUCGCUACCCAUUUCGGUCUAGUAAAGUUCACUGAUACUUUCUACUUAUCAGAUGUGUUGUUUAUACCAGAUUUUAAAUUCAAUUUAAUUUCCAUUUCUAAGUUGGUUUCUUCUCUUGAUGUGCAACUCAUUUUUUGCUCCACGUCUUGUGUUAUUCAGGAUCUGAAAACCAACGAGAAGAUUGGUACAGUUGAUGUAAAUGUUGGACUCUACACCAUGACCAUUGCUGCCAUUCAACCCUCUAUAUGUUCUACUGUCUGCAAUCCUGAAUGUAGCAUUCAAUCCAUUGAUUUGUGGCAUUUUCGCAUGGGUCACUUGCCAUAUGAAAAAUUACAUUCUAUGAAACAGUAUUACCCAUCAAUAUGUCACCUCUUGCUUUCCUAG